UGUCAUGGCGUUUCUGGCUUUGUAUCUCCCUACCGUUGUCAUGGUAGCGGGAGUUGUCCUAAUGACUUUUCACGUUGAAGCUUUAUACAAUGACUCCCUCACGCCAGAACUGUUCCUGAUGAAAUAUUUGAUGACAGACUACAACGCCAAUGUACGUCCGGUGAAAAACACAUCUGAAGCCACCGUGGUAACCAUAGACAUUGCAUUGACUCAAAUAGCGGACGUGAGCGAGAAACAUCAAACAAUUAUGACAUCAGUAUGGCUUAGAUUCACGUGGGAGGACUAUUUUCUAAAAUGGAAUGAAUCUGACUAUGGAGGUGUGAAAACAAUUCAUCUAAAGCCAGCAGAUGUUUGGAUCCCAGAUAUCACCUUAUACACAGACGUUACAGGUCAGUACUAUGAGACUAAGGAAUUCCGAGUAAAAGUGACGAGUGACGGAACAGUUCAGUGGAAAAUUCCGACGAAGUUUGUCAGUUCAUGCAAGAUGAAGGUCCACAACUUCCCCUACGACGUCCAGACAUGUACACUUAAGUUUGGAUCGUGGGGUUUUGGAAGUACAGAAAUAGAUCUACAGAAUAAGUCAAACUCUGCUGAUCUGUCUGAAUAUGAACCAAGCGGAGAAUGGGAAUUACUGUCCACUGACGCUAUACGGCAUUCCAUAAUGUAUAACUGUUGUACGGAACCUUACAUUGACGUUACGUACUACAUCAACAUUAAACGGAAGCCUCUCUAUUACACCUUCAACGUGAUCUUGCCCUGUAUGUUCAUAGUGAUCAUCUCGCCAUUUUCGUUCCUCGUGCCCCCAGGAUGUGGCGAGAGGAUACAAUUAAGCACAACGUUGUUUUUAUCUCUCACAGUUUAUAUGCUAUUUGUUGCCGAACAACUUCCAGUUCAGUCUGAGGAUGUACCUUUAGUAGGCCAGUUCUUCACCACUGCAUUAUUCGCCCUGGCCCUGCUAAACGUGACGUCUAUUAUAUCAGUUCAUCUUUUCCACAGAGGUUCAAAACGUGACAAACUUCCACGAAUGGCAAAAUUGUUUACCAUGAAAGUGGCAAAACUUGUUUGCAUGGCAAACAGAUUUGACGAAGUGGUCGACUUGUGUUGUUGUUGUAACAGCAAUGAAAAAGAAAACACUUUGGAACUAAAGAGAUGCGAUAGGAAAGUGGAAAAUGGUGUUUGUCUACGAAAUAAGGAAAAACAAAUAGCAAGUCAAAAAUACAAAGAAAGCGACCAGGGUGCGACGAGUGGGGGCCCUAGUGUAACACAGUACGAUCUUGUUCAACUGGUCUAUGAUAUAAACAGCCAUCUGACCAAGCUAUGUAAAUACAAGACAACAUCACAAGGAGUUGAUGCAACUAAAAGAGAAUGGAAAAUGGUUGCACUUGUUAUUGAUAGAUGUCUCUUUAUUUUGUCCAGUAUUUUUACAAUAGCUUUCUCAUUGUGUUUUAUCCUAUAUAAAGCUGAGCCUGAUUGA